UCUUUCUCUCGUUUUCUCUCUGCAGCUUUGUCUGGUACAACCCAAACAGAGGAGGAAGUGACAUUAAAACUUCUAGUGAACAAAGUCACAAACAAAGUCAUUUUUGCAGAAGCAGAGAAGGACUUCGUUGACGUUCUAUUUAGCUUCUUAACAUUUCCUUUAGGAACUAUUUCUAGACUUCUGGAGAAGGAAUCCAGCAUUGGUCCACUUAGAUUUGGUAGUGUGAACACACUCUAUCAUUCCGUGGAAGAUCUCGACAAAGGGUGUUUUGGGAAACAUGUGAGCAAAGAAAUGUUGUUGCAAACAGCCAACUCAUCACAACAUUAUUGCAGAAAUGUUAAACUUAACAUUGAUGAUUCUGAGCCCACAGAGUACUUCGUUUGUUCCAAGUUUCCUAGUUGUGAUGGAGAUCGUUUGGUCAUUUCCAUAAAUAAACAUAACUGCUGUCACUGUGGGAGUCCCAUGACACGUUCAGUUUUGUUGAAACAUUUCAACGAUGGAUUUGUUAAAGACGGUGCAACUUUUAUUAUUACUGAUGAUUUGACUGUGAUGCCCAACUCUAUGGAUAUUACAAACUUUGGUUUUCUCCAAAACUUUGGAAUAAAAAAUGCAACUUCUGUGAAAGAGAUGACUGUCAGUGUCACUAAAGAAAAGUAUGCAACAGUAAUUGCAGCUGCUAUUCUGGAUUUUGAAUUGCAGCUGCAUUGGCUACAUGUACUGGAUCUGUUGAAGUGUUCAUUGUUUUCAAAAACAGCACUUACACAUUUGUUUUUACGGGAGAAGCAACGAUUCAUAAACUGGUGGAGGGCUUAUCCUUGUCCUGUUGAAGACAAUAGCAAUAGUAAUAUCGAAAUCACUGUGAAGCUUGUUAUAAGAAAAUCAGACGGCAGGUUAUUGUAUGCUCAAGGGGGACAGGAUUUUGCAAAAAUGCUAUUAAGUUUUCUCACCAUUCCUUUGGGAGGAAUUGUACCUUUUUUAAGAGGGAGUUCAUUGGGAAGCAUCAAUACUUUGUACAAAAGUGUAGCAAAUUUGGAUGAGGACGAAUAUUUUGUUUCAGAAGAAGCUAAGGACCGAAUUGUUGAUCCUCAAUUGGCCGGGCAAUACUUUGAUUUAAGCAAGGAUAUAUUAUCAGAUCAGAGAGGUGAGAUUGAGGGUUAUUAUUGUUAUUAUCAACUAAGAAAUUACGAUACAAAAGGUAUUGGUCCCAAUCAGGUUUUCUUAACAGAUCGAUUAAUAAGUAACGAGAAAGAUUGGCGUUACAUGUAUGCUUCAUCAGAUGUAUAUAAUGAAGUUUAUGUUAAGGGUCCAAGAGUCUACGUUGCUACGGAUGACUUGGUCAUUGCACCAUUGUCUCCAAUUUCACUUGUAAGUUUAAUCAACCGUUUUGAGACUCCUUUUGAAGAUCUGAAGGAGAAGGUUGUCACCAUUGGCAUCAAGGAGUAUCGCUGCAUAUUGGAGGCAGCUUUGACCACCCCAACUGCUCUAACAACUGGUCUGACUCACUUGUUAUACCAAUAAGGAGGAGAUAUUGGACAACAGUUAAUUUUUAAUAUGUGUAUUGUUUUCAAGGAAUAUAUGUGAGAGGGGAGUUACUACUAUGAUAACU